CCAAAAUAGGAAUCACUUCGUAUAGCAAAAUUAUCUUGAAAACUCCUUUAGUACCUACAGGCCCAGUGUAUGUGCAAGGCAUUUAGUUUAAUCCCAUCGUUCCCCAAGAAAAAUGGUUUUCUUCAGUCACAUGCAUCACAACAAAGAACAGGACAUUUGGUAUUCAUCAACAACGUUCUUCCAGAGCUCCUUCAGAUGGCUUCUCUCGAUUACAAACUGUUUUGGCAACUCCAGAUUCUUUCCACUGAUUCAGCCAUGGCCUCUUAACUAAUUUAUAAACGCUGUGAUUUAGCAGCUCCAGGAAGUCAGAGGAUAAUGUGGAGGAAUUUGCUCAUUCUUAGAGCAAACUCUUUCUGCCCUUUACUGCCUUGGGACCGUCUUCUACUUUCUUUGCUGAAAACAGGUUCCCCCAAGGGACCUUGAAAUCUUUCAACGCCACAAUGCAAAAAACAUCAGUGUGGCUUCUCCUCAGUUUAGCCUAUUCUUUAUCCAGUGCAAGGAGACAAGGAGAAAGACAUGCCCCUGUCCCCUAUUUCCAUGAUGACAUCUAUGUCCUCUCUCAGGGGCUUCUACAGCUUGGAGUGGAGCUCAAGAUGCAAGUGAGCUACAGCAAAAAUCACAUUGGCCACCUGUUUAAACAACUGGACUCUCUGAAUACCUCUUUAGUUGAGCUUCUAACUCAAGUCAGCCAGCAGGAGAGAAAGAAAGAGGACCUGGAGAGGAGAGCUGAGCAGCUCGACAAGAGGAAUGAAGACCUCCAUCAGCUGGUUGCUGAGCUCCAGCAUCAGAUGACUGCCGGGAUAAAGGACAGAGAGAAGUUCAAUGAGAGGCUAAACUUGCUGGAGCAGAAGAUGGAGGAUGCUGUGUUCUUCAAGGCAGGGGGGCUUUCUCUGACAGAAGUGAUGGACGACAUUGUGCCCUUUUUGCAAAGACAGAGCCAAAGAAUUGAUGAGCUAUUUGCGGAAGUGGAAAUGCAGCAAAACCAAUUGCACAAACGAGAUACCCUCAUUAAAAGGCUGCGGGAAAAGGUUAAAUCAAAGCACAAACUCACAAAGGAAACAGUGAAAAAUGGAAAGAAAACCCCUGAUGUGUAGGGUGAAGAGAAUGUUCCAUCUUCAGGAAUCAGCAAGGAAAACGGAGCAUGAAUCCUGUUCUAGGGCACGAGUCAGAGUCCACACAAGGCUGCCUGCCCUGGGAAAUGGCACAAGAUUAGAAGGAGGCGUUGGGGUGUUGUCCUGAGCAGCAGCUUGCCCCUUAGGAACCUCUGCUCUGUGGGCCAGGCUGCAAUGUUUUGUGUAAAUGCUGGCACUGUAUUCUGAACAUCGGGGACCUCUAACCUCGCCCCCGCAACAAGCAAAUGCGGUUAAGUAGCUAGAGACAAAAUGUUACCCAAAUUGUUUAGAAACACUACAAUAAAUAUUCUCUCUCUCUCUGGUCAUGUUAUGUUUUUAAAAAUGCGCUCUAAAACAGAAAUCAGAUGAGAGCAAGAGAAACAAAUAGAAAGCCAUCAAAUUCUUAUACUUGUUAUUACACCACUUUUUAAAGAUUUUGAAGGGAAAAAUAAUCCAUUCUUUCCCAAUUGAUGAACUACAAUUUGAACAUCUGAUAUGGUGUCUUGAACAACUAUGGAUAUUGAACAACUAUUAUUACUAAUAAUAAUUUGUCUUUGAACAUGGACUACAUGCUCACAUACCCUAUAUUUUCAGAGUACCUCUUCUAUUACCUCAAUUCCCACCCCUUCUUCUUAUGAGAAAGGUAACAAUUCCUCUUAAGAAAGGGCUUGGAAAAUCAGCAUUCCUCCUGUUAAAUAAAGCAGGACCUCAAGCUGGGGCAAACAGAAUGUUCCCUUUUAGAAACAGGUAAAAGUACCUGAACUCUCCUUAAAAUCCACUCAGUUGUUUAAGAAAAGUCCAACUACUUUUCAAUAGCAAAAGACCCAACAGGAAAGUUGGGAUGUUUUUAGGUCUUAUCUGGAUCAGAGUCACAGUGAAAAGAAUCACAAAUACAUAAACAUUUGAAA